AUGACAAACCUGAGAACAUACGAACGGGGUGAGAGGCAGAGAGACGCAGACGAGAAACAGGACACCGAGGAACACAAAAACGACCCGACCAGGGCGGGCGGUGGGGGCCCAGGACGGAGGGACAGAGUCCAAAAAGGCCCAGACGGCCAAGUUCAGGGGGCCGACCCGGAGGCCGACAGCACCGGAGGCCAAAACAGUUCAGUUCCGGAGGCCGACCAUGCGAAAAGCAGCGGUAGCGGGGCAGGUCCGAAGGCGAGCCACGCAGUAGGCAGUGGCGAGGAGACAGUUCAGGGGGCCGACCGUGCGGACGGCAACGGCGGCGGCGAGAAAGCAGUUCAGGAGGCCGACCGUGCGGACGGCAACGGCGGCGGCGAGAAAGCAGUUCAGGAGGCCGACCGUGCGGACGGCAACGGCGGCGGCGAGAAAGCAGAUCAGGGGGCCGACCGUGUGGGCGGCAACGGCGGCGGCGAGAAAGCAGUUCAGGGGGCCGACCGUGCGGAUGGCAACGGCGGCGGCAAUUCCAGUCCGGAGGCCGGCCACGCGGAAGAUGACCGACGAUGUGGAGGCGGCCGUUGGGGAUCUGACGAGGAUGAGGCAGCUGAUGCGGGAGCUGGACCAGGUGAAGCUGAGACGGAGGCUGGACCAGACGACGGCGUGGGUGAAGCUGAGACGGGGGCUUGGCCAGACGAGGGCGGAGAUGAAGCUGGGCCAGACGAGGCCGAUGAAGCAGAAGCAGAGGCUGCAGCCGUCGUGGACGAAGACUCGGAGGCUGCGGCUGGCGUGGAUGAUGAGGGGGCUGCUGCAGGCGUUGAUGAAGACACAGAGGCGGAACCUGACGACAGCGGGGCUGUUGAAGGCGGUGAUGUGGAUGCUGCAGGCGGUGCUGAGGCGGAGGCUGGACCAGGCGAGGCAGCUGAUGAUGAAGCCGGAGCUGGACCAGCUGACGAUGAAGCCGAUGAGGAGGCUGGACCAGGCGGCGGCGUGGGUGAAGCUGAAGCUGGGCCAGAUGACGCAGAGGCUGCUGCAGCCGGCGGCGCGGAAGCAGAUGAGGAGGCUGCUGCAGCCGGCGGCGCGGAAGCAGAUGAGGAGGCUGCUGCAGCCGGCGGCGCGGAAGCAGAUGAGGAGGCUGCUGCAGCCGGCGGCGCGGAAGCAGAUGAGGAGGCUGCUGCAGCCGGCGGCGCGGAAGCAGAUGAGGAGGCUGCUGCAGCCGGCGGCGCGGAAGCAGAUGAGGAGGCUGCUGCAGCCGGCGGCGCGGAUGACGACCCUGAGGCUGCAGCCGGCGGCGAGGAUGACGACCCUGAGGCUGCAGCCGGCGGCGAGGAUGACGACCCUGAGGCUGCAGCUGGCGAGGAUGACGACCCUGAGGCUGCAGCUGGCGAGGAUGACGACCCUGAGGCUGCAGCCGGCGGCGAGGAUGACGACCCUGAGGCUGCAGCCGGCGGCGAGGAUGACGACCCUGAGGCUGCAGCCGGCGGCGAGGAUGACGACCCUGAGGCUGCAGCCGGCGGCGAGGAUGACGACCCUGAGGCUGCAGCCGGCGGCGAGGAUGACGACCCUGAGGCUGCAGCCGGCGGCGAGGAUGACGACCCUGAGGCUGCAGCCGGCGGCGAGGAUGACGACCCUGAGGCUGCAGCUGGCGAGGAUGACGACCCUGAGGCUGCAGCUGCUGGCGAGGAUGACGACCCUGAGGCUGCAGCUGGCGGCGGCGUGGAAGCAGGCGACAGAGGCGCUGCAGUAGGCGUGGAUGAGGCUGCUGGUGGAGCAGCUAGUGGCUGGACGGGCCCCUCGGGUCCCCCAGCAGACGAGGCAGGUGGCUGGACGGGCUCCUCGGGCCCCCCAGCAGACGAGGCAGGGCUGAACCAGCAGGCACGUGGGCCUCUGGAUAACACAGGGCUGAACCAGCAGGCACGUGGGCCUCUGGAUAACACAGAGCAGAACCAGCAGGCGCACGGGCCUCUGGCAGGGACAGGUCAGAACCAGCGGGCGCACGGGCCCCUGGCAGGAACAGCCGGCAGUUCUGAAGUCCCACCAUCCGGCUGUGGGGUGAGGCGCCUACGACGCGGACGUUGCUUCCUUCUCGGAGAACGCUCCAACGGGCCGGGUAACUCCGCAUCCGGCAGUCCGGACUGCAUAUCCUCCGUUGGGCUGAGCAAACGAGCGGUAGGGGGGUGA